AUGAACCCUGGAGACAAUACUGAAUUUAAAUGUGAGAUUUGGGGAAGCUUUUCCUACUUGGUAGAAAGUACAGUGCAGCUUAUUGUGGCAGGUACGUAUUACAGACAUAAACAUCAAUAAUCAAACAUAAAUCAAAUGUAUUCAACUUGUGUCUCUCAUAUUUCUGAGAUCUGGAAAAAUAAACAAUAACACAAAUAUGCACAAACUACUUUGCUGUAAUGUAAUUCUACCAUUUACUUUACUGUUUCUCAUCAAUAAGAAAUCAAUGAGUUAUCAGAGAGUUAUUGCUUUAUUCUUCUGGCACCAAUUACUGGGUUGCUCUGUUAUGCAUAGAUAACCAUUAUUAAUUUGAGUACAAAGAUUUUCUCUUAGCAAAGCUGUCAAUUAAAAAUGGCCAGUCAAAUCUAGAAACAAUCCUGCCUUUUAAAAGGACUUGCCAAACGCAAUGAAAGUCGGAACUGUGCCAUUUGCUGCUUUCUGAGGAUUAUAUGAUCUUAGAGGUUUCCAGAUGUAAAUUUUGCCAAUAGAAUGGUGACUUCCUCAAGUAAUUUCUGAUACCAAGGGACAAAAAUUGAGACUUGUCAUUUGACCAUGAUCAAAGUCGAAAACAUUUGUGAGGUCUCAAUACUCAUGUACUCAUUGUUUGCUUGAACGAUUGUACUUGCCUGUGAAGAAUCCAAACUCACUGUUUACUAUGUUCACUUGCUUGUUUUUAAUCAUUUAUGACUCAUGAAUAAAAAUUGUUUGAGCUCACCCACCAUUACAUAAUCCUCUUUCUUUCCUUUAUUUUAAUUAUGCAUUUGCUAUGUUCUGUUGGUUUAUUUUAACUGUAAUACAACACUGUCACUUUACUUCUCUUCUCGAAUUUUAUUACAAUAGAAAGAUACUAGGUUAUUAUGGCUUAAAAGGGGCAAAAGAAUCAUCAUUUGUGUUUGGUUUUUGUAGCCCAAAGCCAAUCCAUGUCUCAUAUUUCACUUGUAGAAAAAAUCCAGGGCCAAACAUCUUUUUUUAACUAAGACUGGACCUUCUUUUAACUUUAAGUAAUGGGCAGGCAGCAUUCAGCUUGCCACUAGUAUAUUCUUUUUAUUGCGAAGAAUCCAUAGUUUCUCUUUCAUCAAAAUUUCUGUUCUCUGGGUUGAGGAUGUCUCCUGUAGAUCCUUUGUCAGACCAAGUUCCAAGUGGGGUGUGGCUUGAUUGGCUCUGUUCCUAUUUGUUUGUGCGGCAGCAAACAUUUUAUCCUAAGGAAUGGAAGUAGCUUAGAAGACUGGGUCCUUAGCCCAAAGAGUAUAACUUCCUGAAUUAGCCCUUAAUUCCCCAGGUUGGGGCUCUGCUUUAUAAUUUAGCCUGUGAGCAAGUUCUCCAGUAGCUAGUGCCAACAGGUUAACUUUUACUGAAUGAAGUUUGAGCCUCCUUAUGCUAGUUGGUUGUUGGGGGCCAAUUGCUGGAUGCUUUUGUUUAUUUUAUUGAAAUUUGAUAAAUUUUAAGACUCCGUCCAAGUAAGAUUUGCUACGCUAUGUGAGGAAUGAUAUAAUCUCUUACCUUUCAGAGGCACAACUUAUAAACAUCUCUUUAAGAGGAAAAUAUUACAUUGAAGGAUCCCCUGUCACCAUGGCCUGUGGAGCUUCUGGGAGACCACUGCCGGAUGUGGUAUGGAUUAGAAAUGGAGUAAUGGAAAGUUCAGGGAAGAAAGCUACGUUUUUAAAGUUCGAAAAUAUAAACAGAACAGAUGCAGGAAAAUAUACAUGU